UGAAACGCGUAACGACUGCGUGGAUAAUACAUACUGAAGUGAGAUCGCGGUUAGAAUCUCAAGCAUUGCGAGAUCAAAUUGAGUUAAUAGUUAAUAAUAAUGUGUUAUUUUUCGUCUUUUUCAUUCCACUUAAAUAUUAAGCAUUUUGUUAGUUUGAAGCAUUAAGAAUAAAAGACAUAGGUAUAUCAGAAGCCGAAAGUAAAGAAUAAAAAGCAAAUGUUCUAUAACUGUUCAGCAUUUUGGAAAACUGCAUGAGACGCUUCAACUUUAAGAAUGCCAAUCAACCUGUAACAUUAAAAAAUGUUUGCGGAAUUAGGAUCGUAGAAAAAUAUGAAUUCAAGAAGAACUUAUUUGUCACUUUAUACGUUCAAUUAUGAAAAACGCAAAAGUAAAAAUUACAAAAAACCUUGUUUAAAAAACAUGGCUCAAAUGAUAUUUCGUACAUCUCAGAGCAAUGAUGCUCUAUUUAAUAUGAGUGGUGUUAUUGAAGCAAUUAAUACACGGCAGUCCAAAAGAAGGUGAAGAGAGAAAAGAAAUAAAUGAAGAGUUUUUAAAUUCUAGUUUUUAAUUACCUAGAGGAUAUUAAAAGCUGUGAAGACACUGUUAUUAUGUAAAAUAUCGUGAAGUUGGAACUACAUACUACACUCAUGGAGUCAAAAGGUCUACCAACUUUAUUUCUGAUCUAGAAUUACGACUGCACACUGGAUUGGUUAUAUGGAAUUCUUAUGGCAUUCAGUUCUUGUCUCGGAUGAUUUACUUUUAACAUUCUAUGUGUCUCUAAACACAAUUUUUCACGGUAGGAAAGUAAGCAUCAAAAAGCAUGAGACUCCGCAAAUAUUAACGAUACGCAAGCUGAAGAAAAAGAAAAUAAUUUCAAUAGUAAAAUAUGGAGAACUUCUGAAAUGUCAACACCAACAUUGGAAUUCGGAGAAGAAACUAUCGCGGAUGUUAAACUGGUUUUCAAUAAAGUGCGAAACAUAACAGUGACUGGACAUACUAUGAAAAACUUAUUUUAUAAAAGAGAACGUGGAUAAAGCUAUAACAGGAAUGGUCAUAAAGCAUGGUUUUGCAGAAGGACACAUCUUGAAUAUAUAAAAGGUAAUGUGUAUUUUUGCACCAUGGUUGUAAAAAUUGUGAGAGUACGAACAUUUUAUUUUAAGUACCAAGAAACAAAGUGACAGUAAAAAGUCGUUAAUGUCACGAAACAGGAAAAAGGUAUAAGACAACGAAGAAUCAAAAAUUAUUAACUGGGAUAUGCAAGAAAUAAUGAAGGAAACCCAUUCAAGAAGAUGGAUCACAUUUUGCUUGAUAUUAAUUUUUGGCGGAACAGUUUUAACUCAGACAACACAACAAUGCCCAACGCAAAUAGAAAUGGAACCAUGCAAAUGUGGUGUCAAAAAAUCUGGUUUAGAUAUUAUUUGCGAGCUCACCGAUUUGGUUCAUAUCAGCAAAGCGAUGGAUAUACUUAAAAAGCGACAAAAUACUAUUGUUGUGUAUUUGAAACUAAGGCACAACAAUUUACCUAAACUUCCGGGCUUCGUUUUUUUAGGACUAGACAUUAUUCAUUUAACAAUACACAACAGCAGUCUUGCAGUUAUUGAAGAAACAUCACUCACAUCAAUCGGUAAAGCGUUAACUCAAUUAGAUAUAUCUCAGAAUUCCUUAAAUGCAGUUCCAUCAUCAGCAUUGAAAACUCUUCAUCAUCUUCUUAUAUUAAACAUUAAUCAUAAUAAAAUUAACGCAAUACAUGAAAGAGCAUUCGAAGGUUUAGAUACUCUGGAAAUACUUACUUUAUAUGAAAAUAAAAUUUCUCAAAUUGAUCCUAAUGCUUUUAAAGGAAUCGACAAACGAAAGUUAAAACGAUUGAACUUGGGUGGAAAUGAAUUACUGAGAAUUCCAACUGAAGCUCUUUCACUGCUUGAAAACUUAAAGAAACUUGAACUUCAAGAAAAUAGUAUAACUUCUAUUAAGGAUGGAGACUUUGAAGGUUUAAGAAGUUUAGAUUCUCUUAUAUUGGCACAUAACCAUCUACGUGAAAUACCAGGAAAGGCAUUCAGCAGUUUAAAGCAGUUAAAUUCUUUAGAACUAGAAGGAAAUCAAAUAGGACAAAUUGAUCCAGAUGCAUUCAUGGGAGUGGAAGAAAAUUUGCAGUAUCUACGUUUAGGUGACAAUAAUCUUCAUUCUGUUCCGAGCGAUGCACUACGUCGUCUUCAUAGACUACGGAACCUUGAUUUAAAAGCAAACAAUAUUACUGUGCUUUACGAAGAUACAUUUACUGGAUAUGGUGAUUCUAUUACGUUUCUCAAUCUUCAGAAAAAUCUUAUAAAAGUUCUACCUACAAUGGUUUUUGACAGCUUAAAUUCGUUAGAGAUUCUCAGCCUACAGAACAACAAAUUAACCCGCAUACCGGAAGAUAUUAUGGAAAAUGUUGUGGACACACUUAGAGCAGUCGAUAUAACAGAUAAUCCUUUGUAUUGUGAUUGUGAACUAAGUUGGUAUGCUGCAUGGUUAAAAGGGCCACAGGAGAUGAUUGAAGAAAUAAUGUCUAAAAGAAAACCUAUUUGUACAAUGGUCGCAGAACAUCGAGAGUACCCUGUUCAAAAUAUACCACUGAAGGAGAUGGGAUGCGUAGGAAAAAAUGUAGAUCGCGCAACGUCUUCAGCAACAGAUGUUAACAAAAAUAAACUGGUAACAUUCUUAAUGUUUGUUGUUCUUGUUAUUUUACAGUUUUAAUAUAAGAGAUUUAAUAAUGAAUUAAAUGAAAAAUUAAUGUCGUUACGUAAAUAAUUAAAAGACUGUUUUGAAUAAUGUGAAAUUUAAUAUUUUUUUGGACUGUUAAAUUAUAUUAAAUUACUGUUAUGUUGAAAUAAGUCGCAGAAAUUGUUUUUAUGAAAUUGAAAUACAAUUGUCCAACCAAAGCACUUCUGAUCUGCGUUUUCUACGUUUUUAUAGAUAAUUAUAAACUUUUGACAGAUAUUUUCGUAAAGAGUUAAAAGUAUGAUAUAAAAAUGCCCUUGUUGAAGGAUUGUAGGCAAAUUUUUGCCAUUCGCUUCCAUGAGUAACUUCCGCAAUUUUUUUAAAAAUCCUUCUAUAUGGGUGGCGACUUUUCAACCUUUUUGUCCCCUUGGUAUGUAUAUGAUUCACAUACAAAAAUCCCUAUGAUUAAUUAUGAUUCUCUGAUUAAAUUAUAAGUAGAAUUCCAAAUUCUAAUUACAAUUGAAAUGAGAAAUAUUGGUUGUAAAUUCAUAAUAAUGUUAAUUAAUAUUUUGAAAUUUAUGUCUAGACAAUGCCAUAAUCUAUGUAUCCAACAAUACGAAAAGGUUAAAAAUUCGCCCUUUUAACUCUUGUAACUUUUAAUUUUUAUUUUAAUAACCGGACAUGAAGUUAGUUUUUUUUAACUAAAUUCAAGAUUACUUCCAUAAGUUAGAGAUAAAUUAUAAGAAAAAAGAGUUAUUAAGGUUACGAAAUUUUGAUGGCCCAAUGUUCACUUCCUUUAAAGGGUCACAUGUGAAGCAAAGGUAGGACAGGUUGUACUUUGAGUAAAAUUUAUUGUAAUGAUUUAAUACAAUUAACAUUUUGAUUGCUAUGUUUUAAUUAAAAAAUCGUCCUCAUGCUCAAUUCCUAAUGCGUCUAACAAUGUCUUUUGAUACAUCAUUUAUGUAUACUCUUGGAAAUCUGUCCUUAUUUACGUAACAUAUAAAAAUAAUCAUAUAGACUUAGGUUUGAAUACACACACAAUUACUGAGAUAAUUUUUGUUAAGUGUCUAUUUAGUACAAUGUAUAACAGGAAAGAAAGUACGCAAAAGUGUUAAAAAUUUAACGAAAAACACAUAUUGUUAUAAACGUUAUAAUAGUGAAAGAAUAAUAUGCAAAUCCAAAAGUUAUUAAAUAUUUUAUUCUUGUUGUAUACAUUUGUGAUAUGUAAUUUGAAGAUUUGUAUAAAACUACUCUUGAACUUUUACGAUUUAUUUUUUAUUAAAAUUUUGCAAUUGUAAAUCUUCGAAUAACAUAACAUGACAACAGGUCGAGAGAAAAAUAGGUGAUGAAAUUGUUUUUUAACUAAUUUAGAAUAAUAAAUUUAUAAAAACAUUUAGUUAUAAUCUAAUAAAAGUGAUAAAUAUUGUAAUGCGUUAUAAAUAUCAGAGUUCUGUUGGUCAUCGAUUUUUUGGAAUGUUAAGGUGUGUGUGUUCACAAGUGUUUUGUUUCAUAUUUUAUACAAUUGUUUAUGUUUGGAAAUUCUAUUCAAUUCAAGACUGCAAUUUGGUUUGAAUUGUUAUUGACAAAUUCAAAAAUCCGGUUAAAACGCUGAAGAUCUUCCAGAGUGAAUCUGAUAAUGUGAGACUAAUUACUUCAUAAAAAAGUUUCAAUUUUGUUCUUUAGACGAUACUCUAUAAUCUAUUUGAGUUAGGUUAAUUUUUGGUUUAAUUAUAAUGAAAAUCACAGUCCAAUGACUUACAUGAACAGUUCUAUUCGCAAUAUCAAGUACAUGCAUAUAUUAAAUUUAUUAUUAAAACAAAAAUUUAACUGUACAAAAAUUUAAACAAUAUAUGUUUGCAGUAACAAUUUCUUGUACAUUUCUCUUACAUGAUUAGAUACGCUUAUAUGUAUAUGAUUUUAUGCAAGAAAAUGUACAGAUUUUUUCACGGGUAUUUUAAACUGGGUUUGAUUAUUAACAUUCCUGUUAAUGCCCCAGUAGCGAAGUAUUUUUAUAACAUAAAGUUCAAACUUAGAAUCCGGAAUAAAUUAAACCUUAUAAAAGUAAUAACCCAUAUAAGGACUUUCCUGUUAGUUACAAAUUAAUUUUGUAUUUCCUUCUUAUACAUAUCAAUAAAUUGCCUUGAGAAAGAAUGUUUGAAGUCUUUCGUAUAAGACAAUUCUACACUUUUGAAAUUGAACAUAUUUAGAUUAAUCUAAUGUUGUAAUUUUUUUCUCUUACAAAGAUUUGAAAGUUUAUGCUAAUUUUAACUUUUUGAAGAGUAGGAUUAUUUUAUCAUUUUAAAAUUCUUUACACUUUAAAAUGUAUUAUUAACAUAUGCUUUAAAACAAGAAGAAACUUUAAGUACUCAAUUUAGUGUGAAGAUUUAUAUGAAGUUUAAGAAGUAAUGUUCACUAAAACACUGUGCAGAAUUUCUUAUACGAUGUCUCAAAAACUUUCUAAUUAUACAUAUCACGCAAAAAAAUGGAUAGUCGUUAUAAUAAUGUUUCAUUACAAUCACUAAAUAUUUGUAAAAUUAACUUGUCGAUUUCUUGUAGGAAAUUAAUAAUUCAAUUUGUUUAAACAAAAUAUUAUAUAGAUUUAUCAUAUUUCAAUAAAUAUAAUUUACAAUGUAGAACACUACAUUGAAAUAUAUAUUUUUUAAGUAAAUACAAUACUUGAAAAAUGUUUAGUGUUAAUAAUAUUUAGAAAUAAUACACAUACAUUUUUGCAAAUUCUUUGUUUUUCAUAUUAUACUAAUGUAUAUUAUAAUAAGAGUAUUUAUUAAUGGUGAAUACCAUAUAAAUUGUGUAAUCACUAAUGUUGUAUCUAAAUUUUUUUACUUUAAAAUAUUUUAAAAUAUUCUAAGAAUGUCAACAAUCUUUGUAUAAACAUUACAUUGAAGAUUGGUAAUGGUAUAAAAAAGAGCAUUAUUAAGCAAUUGUGACUUAAUAUUCUUUAUACGAAAAUUAUAUUGAAAGUCGAUAAUGGUAAGAAAGAAAAUCAUUAUUAAGCAGUUGUGAUUUUAGCCAUAUUAUAAAUACUCUCGGGUUUUAAUAUUCGCGGUUGCAGUUAGAAAAGCAGAAACACUCAACUGCUUUUUUUAAGAAUGUAAUUCUACAUUAUAAAAAAUACGCUAAAUGUAGUCUUCAGCUGGCCCUAUACAUUUUGAGGACACACACGGCAUAUUUUAUUUACAUUUUUCAAAUUUUGAUAUAUAAAAUUCUUAAUAUUUUGAUUUAAUUAUUUAAUCAUAAAUUCUUAAUUGAAAAAAUAAUAAGAUAUAUGAUGCAUAUAAAGCAGAACAGUUAAAAAUUUAUUACAUUAAACUAAACAUUUAUACUGCCAAACAAUUUCGAAUAUUAAAAGAGCAUCGUGAGUUUAAAAAAGUUAAAAAAAAAAAAUAAAUUAUCAGUGUACUUAGAAUUUUGUAUAAAGACAUUAAUAAUAAUAGAAACAAUGAAAGAAUUUGGAAAAAUUAUUGUGGCUUCUAACUAAAACUAUUUCAGUCAUAUCUUUAUCACAGAAAAUUCUGUCGAAAAUUUUGUCAUGUUAAGAUGUAUAAAAGAGUUCUAUAAAACAUCACUAUUAAAUUCUAUUAUUAUAGUCAUGCUUUUGUUUCCGACAAAAGUACGUGGCAACUUCAUAAUUACUAUACUGAAGGUAAUCGCAUUGUUUAAAUAUAUAUGAUCUUAUAUAAUAAGACAGAAAACCCCAAGUCUCUCAAUAACCUUUGAGACUUUUAAACAAAUUCCACAUAAAAUAUUGCACAAAUGUAAAUUAGUUUAUUUCUAAAAUGCUUUCUUCAUAAAUACUUAAUAUGUAUGUAACAAGCGUGUGCACUUUAUUAAAUUUAUGUAUGUUAGUAUUAAAGUAAAGAAAAAUAUCUCUGUUUCCUUACACUUAUCUACAUAAUCCUUUAAUCUGUAUACAAAUUUAGUUUUAAUUUAACAAUGAAAUUUUAUGUUUUAAAAGUUUCUGGUUGAGUUAAAAUUAAAAUACUGUUCAAUGCAAUUAGAUUUAUUUUAAUUAACAAGUGUAAUAAAGCUACGUUAAAAGUUAAAA